AUGCUCCCCUUACUCUCUUUCUCUCUCCACUCCCUCCCUGACAUCGUCUCACUCGACCCUUCCACUUCCUUCUUCGUCGUCAACGGAUGGCCCUACCCCACCCAGAAAUACCCUCUCGCUCAGAUGGAAAACGAAGCUACUUUUGCGCGUGUCCUCUUGGAUAAAGAGCACCAACGUCUCGGCAAUAUCAGGCCUAGCAAUGCUCCCCAUCUAGGCGUCAAGGGAGAGAGAGAGCUCGCCGCAAGGAUCCUGGCCCUAAGCUGGACACAUGCAAAGGGACGAGUGCGCAAUGAGUUCAAGGUAGUGGUGGAGCGGGUAGCGAGGAGUGGAAGAGAUCAAGAGGUGGCACAAGAGGAGCGUGGGGGAGGUAAUGGGGAGCUGCGCAAGAACCAACGCGAACUUGGACUAUCAUCCAGAUCAGGAUCGCGCUUGGGUCGCGCUCAAAGAGAUGAUAUAUAG